GGUGAGGAUCCGACCCGGGCUGAACCUUCGCGCGGGGAGUGCGCUCAGCGGGAGGCAGGAGCUCAAACAUGCGCAGGACAACAGCGGGAGAAAGACGUGAUAUCACUGCUCUGCCACGCUACGGAGUUUUACACAACAACAGCGAUACCCAGGUGGAGCUCUUACACCACUCUAUCUGUGGGAUAUGACAGAGGGGUGCUUGCUGAGGGGCCAGUCUGGGGCCUCCCAGCUGAGUGUGGUUGGACAAGAGCACACAAGUGUGAGUGAGGACGCCCUGAAUAUCCUCAGCUCCCCCAGUCUAGCUAGCAGUCUUCUGGGGGCCACUAUGGGUCUGACCCGGGCGGAGGUGGAGACCAGAGCUGGGAGCAGCUGUGAUGAGGACGGGACAAACAGUAACUCUGGGAGAAGGAAGAGAGAGUUUAUCCCAGAAGAAAAGAAAGACGACGGGUACUGGGAUAAACGCAGGAAGAACAAUGAGGCUGCAAAAAGGUCCAGAGAGAAGCGCAGAGCCAACGACAUGGUGCUGGAGAGACGUGUCCUGGGACUGCUGGAGGAAAAUGCUCGACUCAGAGCGGAGCUAUUGGCCUUAAAGUUUCGCUUUGGCCUUGUGAAAGACCCUUCUGAGGUGAGCAUCCUGCCUCUGUCUACAGCCCUCGGCUCAAACCAGUACAAAACCCAGAGUGCAUCUCAUAGUAUCCCGCCUGUCCAGAGCCCCCCACUACAUCAGGUGUCCACAAACGGAACAAGGGGAGACUUACCAGGCCACACUGUGUCUGAAGAGGCUCCCAAUUCCAGAGUGUACUGUAGUGACCCCCCCACAGACAGGAGCGGGGUCUGGGGGCAGGUGGAGGUAUGUUCACUGGGAGCAGCUGAGGACAAGUAUCCAAACAAACAGGAUUCACCUGACAGCAUGAAAAGCCUGCCACAUAAGCUCAGGUUUAAAUGUCCCUCCAAUGAGGGAGUAGAGCUGCCCCCCUCAAGUGACACCAGACCCAGAGUGCCCCCUGUCGCCACUGUAGGUCCCAGUGUCCACGUACAUCCGCAGACAGGUUGGGACAAAGGGGGGCAGAGCAUGUGGGGCAGUCAGGAGGGAAACUGUCACUAUUACACGUUUUCUCAGUCAAACAUGAAAGAGGGUCCCGCAGAGGACGGGGGUCUCCAGUCGCAGGUCAGCUCUCUGUCCCAGGAAGUGGCCCAGCUCAAGAGGCUCUUCUCCCAACAGCUGCUCACAAAAAUCUCCUAAAAUCGUAAACUAGGAAACUGUGCCAAAAGACUUCCCAGCGCUUAUUUUACUUUUUUUUUUCUAAGUGUGUUUAAGUGGACUAUGUAGUAUCAAAUUAUUUCUUUUGCAGUGAAAUAAUUGAGACUACAUCCAUAUUUCUGUAUAUGUACAUUUAGUGAAUUUUGUACAUUAACAGUACUUAUUUAAAGACAUUAUAUUUUUUAUUUUGAUAAUCAUUGUUUACACUGUAUAUUUUGACUAAACAGGUGAGUCAGAAACACUGUAUUAAACUGUAGGGGGAAGACAACAGCUGGCAUUGUAGUUGUUCCAUCACGUACAAGUCACGUCACGUAACAAAUAUAGAUUGCUCUCCCCCACCUUUGACCAAUCAAUUGGUUUGUGACCCAUAACCAAAUUACCCACUGUAAUCCUUGAACAAACAGGUGCUUACUUUCUUAUAUAUUCAUAAACUGGGCCGCAUUGACCAUCCAGGGAGUUAUUUUACUAAAUAAAAACUACACUGUUUAAUCAAGGGGUGUACAAACUUUUUUUUUUAUCAUGGUCCACAUAUGGAAGCAUACAAAACAGAAUGGCUUCAGACUCAUGAAUCAUAAGUGCAUUUAGCAGAGACCUGACUGUGGUACCACAACUUUAUUCAGGGCCACACUGUGUGUACUUCUCUAUGUGUUCAUUUAUCAUACAAUGUUGUUUGUAAAAGAUUUGAUAAUGUAUGUUUUUUCAUUUAAAUACUGUUCACUUAUAACUUGUCCUUAUCAGUUAAAAAUUAAAGUUAAUCAAAUUUG